GUGCAUUAUACAAUUCAUCUGCCAGGGAGAGCACUUUCCACCUAGAGCAGCGCUUGCAACUAAGUGUGAUAAUGGCUUACGUGUGGCUGGGCCUUGCUGUUAUACUGCAAAGUCUUCUUACACCAGUGAAAUUAUGUGAAAUUCCCGAGGGUCACACCCGCCUGAUCCGGUCCUUAAAUCUGAAACUACUGAGAUCAACAGUUGACAACUCUGGUGAGCCCAAUCCAAGCAUCUAUAUUGGACUUCGACUUUCGGAAGAUCACAGUCUAGAAAGAGAGGCAGAUUAUCUCAAAAAACUGAAAACAUCACUUGAGACUAUUACUGCAUGCUCAAAGACAAACAACCAAGAGCAGCCAAGUACCGGAAUUCUAGCUCUCUACCUGAUGGCUCUGAAAGCAUCUUGUGAAGAUAUGGAGAAGCCUGAAAGGAUGAGGUUAAUCACACGUCUUAAACAUCAGCUCCACAAGGAAAAGAAACAAAUCAUUGAGAAAAAUCAUCCUCUGACCAACUAUUUCCAGUACAGCCUUGGGCUUAUAGCUCUGUGUAUUCAUGGCAAAAAGGUGGACGAGAAAGUGAUUCAGAAACUGAUAAAUGUUGAAAAGAAGGAUGGAUUUGUCCAUGGUGAAACACUCUCUGUAGAUACAGAAGCCAUGGCAGGACUUGCAUUCCUGUGCUUGAAGAGCUCUGAUCUGUAUUUGCCUGCCCUGACUGCAGAAAUGAACCUUGCCAUCGAUAAUGUAAAACAAAAGAUUAUCAAGUCUAAAACGCCAGAGGGUGCCCUUGGGAACAUUUACAGCACACCGCUUGCUGUACAGUUCCUUUCUGCUUUGGGAACCACAAAAGGUAAUGAAGAAUGUCCAAAGGCAAUCAAUGCCCUGAUUGAAGCAAUGAAACAGGGAAAAUUCUCUAACCCAAUGAUGAUGUCCCAGUUAAUGCCUGUUUUGCACCAGAAAUCCUAUCUGGAUGUAGCUAAUAUAAAAUGCACUGGUAACAAUGACAACCUUGUUUUAAACCCCAACACUGGGGUGCUCCCUGAUGUUAUAGUUGGUGAAGACCGGAUUAAUAUUAUAAUAAGAGUUGAAUCACCCUCAAGUCAGACAGUUACAUUUGGCGUUGAGGCCCCAGCACGUUCUUCACUUCUGGACAUCCUUAAGUCAGCAGAAAAGCAAAAUGGGAAUUUCAUGUUUAAGACAAAAGACAGCUUGCAUGGACCUUUUCUGACAAUGGUAAAUGGAGUCACAGCAGCUCUAGAGGAGAGAACCUACUGGCAGCUUUUGAAGGAGCCCAACAAUCCCCUUGAAGAAGGUGUUGCAGAUUACAGACCUGAGGAUGGAGAAAUAAUCAUUCUUCGGUUGAGUAAAUGGUAAAGGGGCUUCUUUCUUGUGCCUUAUAUCCUUACCAUGUGCCUUCCACCUACUGGGACAUUAUCUAACAAGAGUUCAGACGGGUAGUAUAAGUAUGAUAAAACACUUGUGAUACAUGUGCUUCUUCAUACACAGAGCUCUUUCCAGGGGGACAGCUAGGCACACACUACUGGCAAUGCCUCCACCCAAAAUCUGUACCCAUUGUAAUGACUGUUCAUAUGAUGUUUAGGUGGAAAAUCCAUCGAACAUGAUUUGCUGGAUUGUCUGUAUUGUGCUGACAUCUAUAGGUAAUGAUUUAACAUAAAAUUUGAAAUGUACUUUAAAAAUAUAAUAUUUCUAUUGUGUUGUUAAUCAGAAAUAAAUGAAAGAUUUUGCUAACA